CGAUGAUGUUCAACAACCGCACACAUCUCGCAGAAAGUACAAUGGCCAGCCGUACAGAUGCAUGAUGUGCAGAGUAGACGUCUCCGACCUAUCUCCUAAUGAGCACUGGCGAGCGGCGCACCAGUCCAAGGCGAUGAUGCGCUUCAAAGAUGAGGGUGGGGAGUACGAGGUCAAGCGGUCCCGGGACACCGGCCUCUUCGAGUGUCCGCGGUGUGACUCGUUAUUCAGACAUCCGAGGCAUGUGCAGGUGCGUGCCGCUUUUCUGCCAUGUUUUCAUAGUGAGAAUGACUCCGCGACAGGACCAUGCUUUUGCGUGGCGCGGCGCCUGCCCCAUAAGCAGCACCAGUGUUGACCCACCUAGGAAAACGUUGCGGCCGUCCACAUCUGCCAACGACACACCACAAGCAAGGCGUACACUGCCCAGAAGGGCCGAGAAAGCUCCGCAGGCGCCUCAGAACCAGAAUGCUAAGGGUGUUGCACGGCCAUUGAAGACCCCAACGCGUACACGGUGAGUGCAACCCAAUGC